UAUUAAAGUUAUAAUAUUAGGUCUAUGGGAAUAAAGUCAUAGCAUUGUGAGAAUAAAGUUGUAAUAAUAUGAGAAUAAAGUCGUAAUGACACAGCUCCUCUUCUAUUAAAGAAGCAAUUUCUUCCAAGUCUGUGUGGUUCUUUCUUGGAAAAAGACACAGUCAUUUGCAGAAUUGUUUCAAAGUCCGGAUAAUAAUUUGAUGCGGAUGUCCUAAAAGAUUUUCCUAUUGGUGAAACCGAUACAAAAGUAUAACUUCACAAAAUGCUCAACAUUCCUCAUUUUAACCCAAGGUGAAGACUGUGCUUUCUUGUCAGAGUUCUCAUAAAAUGACUACUUUAUUCUCGUAAAAAAAAAAAGAAAAAAUUCUCUUAGGCUGGCUCUAAUACCUAAUAGUACUAGCAAUCAUACUAACAAAACCAAGCAGCUAAUAACAAUUAAUUGAGGUAAAGUAAAUAUAUGCAAGACGUAAAGUACAUCCAAGUAAGAGGUAUGUAUGUGUUAGGCCAAACAGAUGUAUGUGAAAGGAAAAUUACAUGUUUGUGACAGUGGCAGUAUGCAAUAUGUCUUGGAUGUCCCCUCAUAUGUCUCAACAGCCGUGUUUUUCAACCCUGGCCCUCAAGGAUCACUGCCCUGCAUGUUUUAGAUGUUUCCCUGCUUUAAUACCCCCUCAUUCACAUGAUUGCAGCUCAGCAAAAGCCUGUUAAUCAGCCAUCAAUUAGAAUCAGAUGUGUUAAUGCAGAGAAACAUGUAAAACAUGUAGGGACAGCAUGCCAUGAGGACCAGGGUUGUUCUUCUGUUGUGUUCCUCUCCUGCGCGCUCUGGAGGCCUCCCGUACCGGGAGCGCGCCCGGCGCAGGGGCGGGUCCGCGCGGAGUCACCGCAGCCAGGGAUGUGAAACUUGUCCCGGAUAUUUACCUAACUCUACCUGGCCUAUCCGACGCGCCCCGUCCCGAGUUCCUCACAGCGGACACUCUGAAGGAUAUAACCUCGGUCUGCCGCUACACCACCGAGAAAGUGUGCUUGGAGCCAGAUCAACCCACCUGGAAAUUCAAGACAGGACAGAUAAGCAGGAUGAAGGCGUGGUUCUGUUGGACCUGGUAUUCAACCACCUGGGCCUGCAGGAGAAGCAGCUCUUCAGUCUGCAGAUCAGAGAGUCGAGCACUGCCAUCGCCUCCAUCACAGCCAACACGCUCUCUCCUAGAUGGUUGGAGCCAGAGAAGCCCUUGAAGAAGCAGAUAAAAGGUCUCGUGCCCCCCUUUUAUCUGAACUUCAGAGUACGAUUCUUCAUUUCUGAUCCCAACUCUCUGCAGCACGAGCAGACCAGGCACCUGUACUUCCUCCAGAUCAGGAGUGACAUCAGGGAAGGACGGUUGCAGUGCCCGCUGAGUGCAGCUGUAGUGCUGGCUUCUUACGAUGUGCAGUCGGAGAUGGGGGAUCAUUGUCCGUCCAGACAGCCUGGGUACCUCUCGAAGUGCCACUUCAUCCCCGAACAGGACGAAGACUUCCUUUCUAAAGUGGAAGAUCUUCAUCCGCAACACAAGGGGCUUAAACAGAGCGAGGCGGAGCUGUGUUUUCUCAACACUGCACGGACGCUGGAGCUGUAUGGAGUGGAGUUACAUGCUGCAACGGACACCAACGAUACACCUCUAAUGGUGGGUUUGGCUUCGAGUGGUGUCGCAAUGUUUUGUAAUAUGAUUUGCUCCAGUUUCUUCCCCUGGGGGAAUAUCAUCAAGAUAUCUUAUAGGAGGAGACGCAUCGUUGUACACCUAAAACGUAAACACGGGGAGACCCAAGACUGUGAGGUGUCUCUUAUCCUGCCCUGCCCCAAGUCUUGUAAGAACUUAUGGCGGUCCUGUGUCGAUCACCACUCCUUCUUCUCCUCCAGCCGGAGUGGCAGGAGCCCCAAAUACAACAACAGCACAGUUAAGGGGUACACAAAGCUGAUAACACAGCACCUGGGCCUGAGCAACAGUAAAACUGAGGAUGGUCCGGUGUGCCAGAGGGUUGUUGGAGGAAUGGUGUGGAACCCAGUUCUGCGUAGGUCUCUUUCAUCAGAGCAUCUCGAGACCAAGAGUCUUCCCUCCAGAUCACCGCCAUCAACCCCCAACUGGAGGAGUCCCCGCGUUCGCCAUGAGAUCAGAAAGCCUCGCCCAUCAUCGGUGGAGCUCAGCACGGACCUGAAAGACAUGUCAGAGGGAGAGGAUGUCUUCUACACAUACAGGACCUCUGUGGCCAGCAGCAAGGAGAGUGAAGGAGACACUUCACCUCAUUACUUUGCUGGUUCUAAGAAUCAAGGACCUGGCGAGGGUUUGUUGCAACCUGACGACAGCAUAGGAGAAGACGACAGCCCGCCCCACUACAAUAAAGAUGCACUCGGUGACGGUGACCUGAUGCUGAUAUGCAUCACUCCAGACCACGAUGGCAAAUUUGGCUUCAAUGUAAAGGGUGGAGUGGAUCAAAAGAUGCCUCUGGCCAUAUCACAUGUUAAACCGGACUCCCCGGCAGGUCGAUCUGAACCCAGACUGCAGGAGGGAGACCUGGUGGUACUCAUCAACGGUCGGGACAUUUCCGAGCACACGCACGACCAGGUCGUCAUGUUCAUACGAGCCAGCCGAGAGUCGCACUCCAGACAGCUGGCUCUGCUCAUCAGACGUAAAGGGCCGGGCCGAGUCAUGCCUCAGCUGCAGCUGUCUUUCGCUGCCCUUUCGCUCACCAUCCCUGCACAGGAAAACAAGCCUCAGUCACCAGGUCAGCUGGAGCGGGUCACCACGCUGGGGGAGUCAAUGAAACAGCUAGAGAGAGGAAUACAGUCAGGCACACUAUCCUUCCAUUUUGAGAAUUUAUACAAGAGGAAGCCUGGUUUGUCCCUGUGCUGUGCAAGGCAGCCCGAGAACCAGGAAAAGAACCGCUACAGAGACGUUUUGCCUUACAAUGACACCAGGGUGGUGCUGCAGGGGAAGGAAGACUACAUCAAUGCCAGCCAUGUCACGGUGGCGCCUCCUGAGUCUGAUGUGUGCUUACGUUACAUUGCAGCUCAGGGUCCACUUCCACAGACCUGCACUCACUUUUGGCAAACUGUAUGGGAGCAACAGACACACACCAUCAUCAUGCUUACAACUCUAACAGAGAGGGGACGGACUAAGUGCCACCAGUACUGGCCACAUCCGCCGGAGGUGAAGAACUACGGCCACUUGUCUGUGAAGUGUCACUCUGAGGAGUGCAACCUGGCGUACGUGACGAGGCAGUUCACUCUGAGGCACAACAAGUUAGAUGAGGAGCGUGCAAUCACACACCUGCAGUAUGUUGCGUGGCCAGACCACGGCGUACCCGACGACCCCUCGGACUUCCUGCUCUUCAUCAUCUCAGUAAGGGAGAGGAGGAAAGGCAAAGAGCCACCGCUGAUGGUUCACUGCAGUGCUGGGAUUGGGCGGACAGGUGUCCUGAUCACCAUGGAGACGGCACUGAGUCUGAUGGACGAGAGUCGGCCGGUGUUCCCGCUGGACAUUGUUAAAACGCUAAGAGACCAGCGAGCCAUGAUGGUUCAGACCACGUGUCAGUUCCAGUUUGUGUGUGAGGCCAUUCUCCGAGUCUACAAUGAAAAACGAGAGAAAUCCAAAGCACCGUAGCCCGAAUCGACGACGGGACAAGACCAGACGCUUUGCUCUGCCUCGCCUCUAUUAACAGGACGGGACUUCUGCAGAGCUGCAACAGAUUAAACUCUGCCAGGCUUAUGGCACUGGAACACGCACUGGAUAAUGAGAGUUCAAGCUGCCGAGCACAGCUGUCUGGGCAAGGAGAGAGAGGGUACGAAUAUUAAACCUAGUUGGCCUUACUUUUAUGCUAAAAGGUACAUGAAGCUUAUAGAAACUGUGGUCUCCAUAGAGACUGAUGUAGGACUGACGUGAGCUGCUAAUUUGUGUUCAAGAGGUCUCUCAGGAAUGACGCUUCUACUUGUAAAGCUACAUGUGCCUUAGACUGAAGCUUCCCAGUCAAACCCAUCAAGGACAGCAGAGGCAAAUCAGACUGCUGUAAUCUGUAGUUUGUCUCUGACUCCUGAGAUGAGUAGCAAAACUGACUUUAGAUGGCUGCAGCAGGUUAUCAGGUCAAAGAAGGUGCAGAGCUGUUUCCUGUCUGCCAGAGGAACACCAGAUUCACUGUUCAUCACUUUUUAAAUUAUUCAAACUCUAAAUAAACUCACUGAUUUGUA